UAUUAUCUGUCAGCACUGAUAGUUUUGUUGCCAGCUGCGAUCUUCUCGGUUUGUUAUUUUAACAAUGUCUGCUGCGGUGAUGGACGAUAUUGAGCUGCGCGUGGCCACCGCAGAGGACAGCAAGCGAAUGAUGGAGUUUCUGCAUGAGCACUAUUAUCAGGAGGAGCCGCUGACAAUUGGCUGUGAGCCCAAGCAGCCAGAUGCCGCUGAUGAGAGCUUUCUGCUGUCGAAUAUACCGCAUGGCACAUGUCUGCUGGCGCUGCAGGGAGAUCGCAUUAUGGGCGCCGUAGUGGCUGGACCCAAAGACAAGGAGGAGGCGCAGCUCUUGGAUGAGGAGGCGGCGCAGCAUGCGGGCACCAAGUGGGGACGCAUUGUUGGCUUUCUGGCUCUGGUGGAGCGUGAAGCAAACGUAUUCGAACGUUAUGGCGUGGAUAAGGCCGUGCACGCCCAUGCCCUGGGCGUGGACACAACAAUGCGUGGCCGGGCGCUGGGUGCGCGGCUAAUAACGGCGCUCGCUGCACGUGGUAAAGAGCUGGGGUAUCCAUUGCUGACGCUGGACUGUACCAGCGUCUAUUCAUCACGUCUCUCACGGCGCCUGGGGUGCGAUCUGAUAAACAGCAAGCUCUAUAGCGAUUAUAAAGAUGUGUCAGGUGUGCAACUGAUAUGCCCGCCCGCGCCCCACGACCGCGUCGAGACUUACGCUCUGCUUCUGUAAGCUUAUCGUCGUCGUCAUCGUCCACAAUUUUUUUGUUAUCAAUAAAUAUAUACUAUA